AUGCUCUCGCGUAACGGAGAACGUUACAUCGAAACUCCAUGCCGUGAAACCCCUCCCUUUCCCCCCUCCUCAUCUUCCCUCGCACAUCUCUCCUCCCUCUCUCCUCAUCCCCCCCGCGCUCCCCUUGUUCCCCCCCCUCCCUCUCCUCGCCCCCCCCCCCCCCUCUCACCACAUCUCCCCCGCUCUCCCCUCAUCUCCCCCUGCUCUCCCCUCAUCUCCCCCGCUCUCUCCUCAUCUCCCCCGCUCUCCCCCCAUCUCCCUCUCUCUUCCCCCAUUCGCCCCCAAAAAGCAUCCGUCACCCCCCCUCCCACCCCCCGGUCUCACCCUCAUCCCCCCACGUCUCACCCUCAUCCCCAUCCGGUCUCCCCUAAUCUUCCCGCUCUCCCCUCGUUUCCGCCCGCUACCACCUCUCCCCCCCCCCUCCCCUCCCCCUCCUCCCCUCCCCGGCUCUACCGCCAUCUCCCCCGGCUCUCCCCUCAUAUUCCCUUUGCCUUCCCUCAUCCCCCCCGCUCUCCCCUCGUCUCCCUUCCCACUCACCCUUCAGCUCUUCUCCUCUUGAAGCGGCAUGAGCCAACCUUCUUGGAGUUACCAAGGUGCAACCUGGGUAACCCCUUCCCCCUCUGCACUCCCCCUCCCUUGUUUCCCCUAAUUCACUCCUCACUUCCCCCCCCUCCUCUUCUUUGGCUUGAGCUUGAAGCGGCAUGGGACAACCUUCUUGGAGUUACCAAGGUGCACCCUUGGGACCCCUUUCCUCUCUGCACUCCCCCUUCCGUCUCCCAUGCCUUCCACCCCUCAUCUCCCCCCUUCCCCUCCUUUGGCAUGAGCUUGAAGCGGUGUGUGACAGACAGCCUUCUUAGAGCGAUUUCUGAGGAUUCUCCAAUACCGAGGCCCACCUCUUUGGGGCCCCAUUUCCCCCUCUGCCCUUUUUUCCCCCCUCCCUCCCCCUCUUCUUCCUUUCUUUCCCGCCUAUCAUGGCUGCGCGUGUGA